AUGGGAGGGUUCAAGUUGACCAAGUGGAUGUCCAACAGUCGUCAUGCAAUCGAUUGCAUUCCAGUUGAUGAGCGGGCACCGAGUCUUCGUGAAUUGUACGGGAGUCCGUUACCAACAGACAGAGCACUUGGUGUGCAAUGGGACUCGGAGAAAGACGAAUUUUUGUCCCAACUCCAGCUACAUGAGAAGGCGUUGACUCGCAGAGGAAUUCUGUCUUCGUUGGCCAGCCUUUACGAUCCAAUGGGGGCAAUGGAACAGUUUUGCAUCUUCAUUGCCAGUCGCACCAACGAUUCGGGUUCGUUUCUCGCUUUACGGGCCUCGGCUAGCACCCCGUCAAUGAGCGUCUGUGCCACGUGA